GUGAACAAAGCACAGAGAUUCGAAGCAAUGCACACAGCCAUUAGCGUGAGGAAAUCAGUAAAUAAAGUACUAAGACCAAAAGUUUAGUAAGAUCGAAUUCCUGGCUGCGUUUUUUACCCUUUCUGAAAUUCUUCUGUUGAAAACAUGCGUACGGAUAAAAGUAAAAAUCAUCUAGAGAGAGAACAAAAGAAGGGUGAACCCAAUAUAGCCCACGUUGUAGACUUCGAAAGUAGAUGGACGCUACGUUGGGACUCGCUGUAGUCUCCUUUCGCUACUUCCACUUUUUUCAAACCUUAACCGAAAGCAUUGGAAGGGGAACGGUAAAAAAGAAUAGACAAGGCUCACUGAAGUUUCCUUGUACAGACGAAUUAAAGGAGUAAGCAAUCCGUUAAUUUGUUCCCUACCCAAACACAUCAACCCUUUUAUGGACUGGUUACUCUCGGAAGCACUAAAGCUAUAGAGUUGGGGUUUUAUCAUUACAAGCGUGACUAAAUACAGAGGUGUUAGAAUGAGAAGUAGAACUAGCCAAAUGACGAUACUAAUAUAACCAACAGUAUUUACACAUUUAUUUGAUUGGAUGCACUUAGCGCUCAGGAAAAUGAUCUGUCAAGGGAAUGAGUGUUUUUUUUAAUGAAUCUUUAGCAUUGGUAAACAGGUUUUAGCUCUCAUUAACGCCGUAAUCAACUCUUUGACGGGAAGGAUAUUGUUCAUCCUUGCAAAAAAAAAAUCAUCACCCAUCGACGAACAGGACGUAGUUAGGGUUUGAUGGUUAAGUAUUCAGAGAGUAUCGUGGUUACUGCAAGUCCCCUGCUGCUAUUUCAACUGGAAGUCAUCCUUAAAAAAAAAAGUGUAAGUUGAAUAAUUUAAAACUGAAUAAAAAUAUUAAGCAAUUAAAUGACUUUGAUCACAUGAUGGGAAGAAAAGGGGGGAGGAGAAAGAGGGAGGAGAGGGGGCCCCAUGAAUAUUACUACGUUUAAAUACCUUUCUUAUCUUCCUUCCUCUAUGCUAGGGGUAUUAACUGGCAUUUUCUCUUUCUGCGUGUGUGGGCGAGUCUGAGUAGGGUUCAAUAAAGUACUGAUGUUUUCACGCACUUGUCUAUUUCGCACCACACUGGACUUUUCGUCUGCACCAAAGAUAGCCGACGCCUUCAGCAAUCUUUUGCAGCGUACGGGGUUGGAGUUUGACCAUGUUGCCAUUGAUAUCGGUUUUGUUGUCUCCACAAGCACCCACCUGACGCGUGAGUUUUCCGGCCAUGAGCGCGAUGCCGAAACCGUGAAACUCGUCAACAAGCAGGUGACGAAUCUGAUUCUGCGGCGCGUCCAAGCGAAGAAGAGUCUGGCUCUUUUUUUGGAUGGGAGCGAGCCGGUGUGGAAUGCCCACCUGAUGCGUCGUUCUUCUGGAAAGCGCGUGGAGGAAAGGCUGUACCGCCGCGCUGGGUCGCCGAUGUUGUAUCAACUGGAGCGUCAUCUCUGCGGCGUGACGACUGAGCUGCGGCGUCCGCCGAUGGAGUUCAUCGUCAGCGGCAGCGGCGUGCCCGGCCCGGCGGAAGGGAAGCUGUCGGCCUGGAUGUUGGACCUCGCGACGCGAAUUCAACACCCCGCACGGCGCCCCGCAUCCGCGGUGUCGGUGAGCCCCAAUGACAGCUUUUGCCUAAUAGGGGAGAUGGACCUCUUUUUGGUCGCGCUGGGCUGCACCGCCUUCCACAACCUUACCACCUUGAGCCUGGUCCAGGGCGAAUUCAAGUCCCUCUUUCUUCAGGACGGCUUGGACUGGCUGAAGAUGCCGCAGGCCCUUGGGUCCGUCCCCGCGGACCCCGCCUCCCCCCGCCUCUCCCCGGCCCAAUGGCGGCAGCUCGCGGCCCUGAGGACGGACGGGGUCCUGCUGCACCUGUUGGCACACGAGAUGCCGGUGAUGAACUGGCCCGGCCUCGGUUUCGAUUGGGGCAGACUCCUCAACGCGUACUAUACGGAGCGGCAGAAUUCACAAACGGGGCCGAGCGGCGCGAAGGCGGAGGCAAUGGAUGAGCUGGACACCGCGCCGUAUGCGGGAUUUUUAUUCGACGAAUUCCCCCUCACCGAGGGAGGGGAAGCUUCGCUGCGGCUGAAACCGGCUGCACUGUCUCGGGUGCUCGCGCGCGCGUUCCCCUCACACGAGGCGACUUCGUCGGGGCCCGCGGCCGCCUAUCUUGAGCUUCUUCUCCAAUCCCACGCCAUGCUCUGCUCGGGCGAGGUUCCCCACCUGGGAUGGAUCCCACAAAAUGCGCUGCCUGACGAAGUCUCCCUGCCGAAGCUAAAGCCAGAGCAGCUGAUUCACCACCUGCGCUCGCUGGGAGGCCCCACCAAGAGAUCGCCGGGCCCAGGCCCAGGCGCCUCCAACCCACCCCCCUCCCAGGACAAUGAGGGAGGACAAGACCCAUCGAAAGACACCAACUAUAUCGCUCCAGUGCGGGAUCGCAGUUUUGCACUCACGGGAAUUGAGUCGCUCAUCCUCAGCGCGCCACGGGCGGAUCUUGUGGAGCAGAAAAUACCGUUCUACACCGGAGGGGGCAAAAUGUCUAGUGAAGUUUUGAAGGACAUCAUUCAGACUCAAAACGUCUAUGAGGCGUUAACAAAGACCCGCUCCGCAUUGAGUAAAAUGGGUCUCACUUCAGAAAACGGUUCCACAGGUCUCAAAGAAACACUUGCUCAGAACGGCAACCCAGGUUCGGGUAGUGCGCUGUCGAAGCCACCGCAGUCAGUCAAUCAUCCCGCAAUCCGCCACUACCCUGCACACUAUUUUGUGCGCACUGUCAACGCACAUGGUCCACCACCUGGAUGGAGCUACUUCAGUGUGAAUCCCGGCCUCAAGUCCGAGGCGAUGAGUAUUCGGUAUAUACUUAACAAAGCCGAUCCUGACACCUUGCUGCGGGACUUUGACUCCCCUGCGAGUCAAGGGCGUAGCAAACGCAAUACCCUGGACGUCUUUGACAAGGACAUAGGGUGUUGGAUCAAGAAGCACUGUAAUGAUUUUGCAGAAACCUCCACAAUGACAAAUGGUGAUCCUUCAUCACUCCCCAAUAACAAUGAGAAGCCUCGGACGGAACGUACCACGUUACGUGUGCUGACGUGGAAUGUGCAGUUCAACCGACAUAGUGGUGAGCGGACUCCGCUUGGAAGGGCGGGCAUCAAUUGGUGCACAACUACGCGUUAUUUGGCAUUGAGCGAGGUCCUUUCACAAGCAGAUGCAGAUGUUAUAUCGAUGCAAGAGGUGGAAUCAGGUUGGUGCAGUUUUUUAUGUCAACAGCCGUGGGUGCAGGCGGAGUAUGCGUUAUCCUGUCAGGAGAACGGCCACGCCAUCUCACCGUGGGGUGUCAUGAUGCUUAUCCGCAAAGAUCUGAAUAUCAAGGCAUUCGAGUACGCUAAUCUGCCGGCGUUCUCAGGCCAUACCAGCACCAUGCCCGAGGUGACCCUUUCGCUAUCCAAGGAUAUACCGCUGGUAAUAGUGUCCUCAGUACAUCUCCUCGCGCCGUAUAACCAGAACAACAUCGACAACCGUGAGGUCCAACUGGAUAAUCUCUUAAAACGCCUGAAAGCGCUUGCAUCCCCCACCGCAGAUUCCUCUUCGGUACCGUCGCAUAUUCUAACAGGUGACUUUAACGAUACUCUCGCACGAUUCUUCCGGAUCCCGAAGGAGCUCGGCUACCGAGAUGCGUGGGAGGAGCUGCAUCCCCAUUGCAUGUCCGCUGUUAGCAAGGGGGAUAGUGAGGAACGCGGCUACAGCAUCGACGGCGAUGCCAACUUAUAUGCAGCGCGGAUUAUCGAGCCCGAGUUCUUCGGCCGCCCAGAUCGUCUGUUGUAUUCGUCACAGCAUCUUCAGCCGACGCAGGUGGAGCUCUUGGGAACUCAAUCGGUCUUGGAUAUUCUGAAAGAGAAAAACAUAACGAAGCAGGUGGAUAAUCCGAAAGAGGAUAUCCCGUCGUAUCUCUUUUCAUCGGACCACUUUGGCGUUCUUGCCGAAUUUCAAGUUCUCUAA